UAGGAUGGAGGAGGAUUGUGCAUGGAGGUGUUCAGCAGACACAGAGCCGAGGACGCCUCUUCUACUUGAUGUGCUUCUUUUCAGGAUAUCAGUCUCUUUAUUUGUAACACGCCAUCUAUGUUCCUGCUGGUUCUGCUGUAGAGAAGCAGCUGACUCAGUGACUGAGUGGCUCUGCAUGCUGGUUGAGCCAUCAAGUGUCUCUUGGUUUUUCUCUAGUCUGUUUACAUGAACAUACAAGUUAAUGGCCUUUAGCUGUGAUGUGUAGAAGCUCAGACUAGUAUUCAUUUGUUUGUAUCUGACAUGUUUUGAAUACUUCCUGCAGUCUUCUUCAGAUGCGUCAGCUGUUGCUGUGACGUGUGUUGUGUCAGCUGAAGUUAUAGACAACCAUGUCAGAUACAAAUGAAUAAUAGUCUGUUUACAUGAACAUACAAGUUAAUUUAUCAAGUUAGACUAAAUGAACUUUUUCUGAGCUAAAGUCCAUCAUUCAUAUUUUAAUAAAGUUAUUAUUCUUGGGUAAGCCGCCUUAGCAUGUUAGUCUGGGAGGAGUAUGAACUGAGAGGGGAACUGGUCCAACUGGUUGGUUCAUCAUUUCCUUGUUAUGAGUCAGACGGUUUGUUGUGGCUCACUUCAUCACAGCAGGAAGACGACUAAGGUCUCCGGUCGACUAUGGACGAGGAGAGAGAGGAGGGGGGGCCUACCUCUAAGACCACUCUGUCCGGGGAACAUGGUGGCCAGAGCAAAGCUAAGAGCCCAGAGCAGCAGGAGAGAGCACACUCCCCUGGACCCAGCUGUGUCUCCAUGAAGAGUGACCGUUCUAUGGGUAGACCUCCUAACCUUAAAGAUGGAUGCCCCUCCAGAGAGGAGAGCCCAGAGCAGCAGGAGAGAGCAGACUCCCCUGGACCCAGCUGUGUCUCCAUGAAGAGUAACCGUUCUAUGGGUAGACCUCCCAACCUUAAAGAUGGACGCCCCUCCAGAGAGGAGAGCCCAGAGCAGCAGGAGAGAGCAGACUCCCCUGGACCCAGCUGUGUCUCCAUGAAGAGUGACUGGUCUAUGGGUAGACCUCCUAGCUUUAAAGAUGGACGCCCCUCCAGAGAGGAGAGACCCCAGGAGAGGUCAAAGGUUUCCAGUGCUCAGUCGGUACAGCAGCAUCCAACAGAGCUGAUCAAGAGGGCUGAGGAGAACGCACAUGCUUUUCUAGACAAGGAGCUGAAGAAGCUCUGGAGGGAUCUCUUCCGAGAUUACCCACAAUGCUCAGAGAGUCAGAGGGAGGAGGAGGAGGUGGAUGAUAAGAACGAGGAGCAGAGGAGGCGCGCCAUAAAGGGAGUGGUAGACAUCACAAAGCUCUGCCUGAUGGAGAUGAACCAGCAGGAACUGGCCGACACACUGUGGGCCGGAUCUGCUGCUGUCGAGUGCCAACAUAAAAUCAAGUUUUAUUUGAAGAAGAAAUUCAGGCGUGUGGUUGAGGGAAUCGCUAAAGCAGGACAGCGAACAGGGCUGAAUGACUUCUACACAGAUCUCUUCAUCAUAGAGAGAGGCAGUGGAAAGGUCAACCAGGAACACGAGGUCAGACUGAUUGAAACAGCUUACAGGAAACCAGCUGAGGAAAAACCAAUCAGAUGUGAGGACAUCUUUAAACCCUUACCUGGACAAGAUCAACCAAUCAGGACAAUAAUGACAACUGGAGUGGCCGGCAUUGGUAAAACAGUCUUAACACACAAGUUCACUCUGGACUGGGCUGAAGACAAAACCAACCAGGACAUACACUUCACAUUUCUCCUCACUUUCAGAGAGCUGAAUUUACUGAAAGGGAAAGAGUUUAGCUUGGUGGAACUUCUUCAUCACUUCUUUAUUGAGACCAAAGAAGCAGGAAUCUGCAGAUAUAACCGGUUCCAAGUUGUCUUCAUCUUAGAUGGACUGGAUGAGUGUCGACUUCCUCUGGACUUCCUGAGAAACCCGAUCUGGACUGAUAUCACAAAGUCCACCUCGGUGGACGUGCUGCUGACAAACCUCAUCAGGGGCGACCUGCUUCCCUCCGCUCGCAUCUGGAUAACCACACGCCCUGCGGCAGCCAAUCAGAUCCCUGCUGAGUGUGUUGACAUGGUGACAGAGGUGAGAGGGUUCACCGACCAACAGAAGGAGGAGUACUUCAGGAAGAGAUUCAGAGAGGAGACGCUGACCAGCUCUAUCAUCUCCCACGUCAAAAAAUCACGAAGCCUCCACAUCAUGUGUCACAUCCCAGUCUUCUGUUGGAUCACUGCUACAGUUCUGGAGGACCUCUUCAAAACAUCCCAGAUAGGAGAAGAGAUACCCAAAACCGUGACUCAGAUGUACAGCCAUUUCCUGAGGGUUCAGUCCAUACAGGGGGACAGGAAGUACCAUGGGAGAGCUGGAACAGAUCCAGACUGGAGUUCAGAGAGAAGGGAGAUCAUUGUUUCUCUGGGAAAACUGGCUUUUAACCAGCUGGAGAAAGGCAACCUGAUCUUCUAUGAGGCAGACCUGGCAGAGUGUGACAUCAAUAUCAGAGCAGCCUCAGUGUACUCAGGAGUGUUUACCCAGAUCUUUAAAGAGGAAUGUGGGCUGUACCAGGACAAGGUGUUCUGCUUUGUCCAUCUGAGCUUCCAGGAAUUUUUGGCUGCCCUUUAUGUCCUUCUGUCCUUCAUCAACACUGGGGUCAAUCUGCUCUCUGAAGAACCAACAACCUCUGGUAAAGAUAAACUCCUCCUCCUCUACAAGAGUGCUGUGGACAAGGCCUUACAGAGUGACAACGGACACAUGGACUUGUUCCUCCGAUUCCUCCUGGGCCUCUCUAUGGAGACCAAUCAGAUUCUCCUACGAGGUCUGCUUGGAAAAAAAGAUAGUAGAUCACUGAUCAAUUGGCUGAGACAGAGAGGAAGGGGCUCACAGACCAAUCAGAAAACAGUGUCUUACAUCAAGGAGAAGAUAGGUGAAGAUCUCUCUCCAGAGAAAAGCAUCAAUCUGUUCCACUGUCUGAAUGAGCUGAACGACCGUUCUCUAGUGGAGCAGAUCCAACAGUCCCUGACAUCAGGAAGUCUGUUCAAAACACAUGUCUCCCCUGCUCAGUGGUCAGCUCUGGUCUUCAUCUUACUGUCAUCAGAAGAGGAGCUGGACGUGUUUGACCUGAAGAAAUACUGUGCUUCAGAGGAGGGUCUUCUGAGGCUGCUACCAGUGGUCAAAGCCUCCAAAACAUCUCUGCUGAAUGACUGUCAGCUGUCAAAGAAAUGCUGUGAAGCUCUGGCCUCAGUUCUCAGCUCCAACUCCUCUAGUCUGAGAGAGCUGGACCUGAGUACCAAUGAUCUGCAGGAUUCAGGAGUGGAGCUGCUCUCUGCUGGACUGGGGAUACCACAGUGUACACUGGAAACUCUCAUGCUGAAUGGUUGUCAUCUGCCAGAGAAAUGCUGUGAAGCUCUGGCCUCAGUUCUCAGCUCCAACUCCUCUAGUCUGAGAGAGCUGGACCUGAGUACCAAUGAUCUGGGGGAUUCAGGAGUGAAGCUGCUCUCUGCUGGACUGGGGAGUCUACAGUGUACACUGGGAACUCUCAGGCUGAAUGGCUGUCAUCUGUCAGAGACAUGCUGUGAAGCUGUGGCCUCAGUUCUCAGCUCCAACUCCUCUAGUCUGAGAGAGCUGGACCUGAGUACCAAUGAUCUGCAGGAUUCAGGAGUGAAGCUGCUCUCUGCUGGACUGGGGAGUCCACACUGUGCACUGCAAACUCUCAGGCUGAAUGGCUGUCAUCUGUCAGAGACAUGCUGUGAAGCUCUGGCCUCAGUUCUCAGCUCCAACUCCUCUAGUCUGAGAGAGCUGGACCUGAGUAGCAAUGAUCUGCAGGAUUCAGGAGUGAAGCUGCUCUCUGCUGGACUGGGGAGUCCACACUGUACACUGGAAACUCUCAGGCUGAAUGGCUGUCAUCUGUCAGAGAGCUGCUGUGAAGCUCUGGCCUCAGUUCUCAGCUCCAACACCUUUAGUCUGAGAGGGCUGGACCUGAGUUCCAAUGAUCUGCAGGAUUCAGGAGUGAAGCUGCUCUCGGUUGGACUGGGGAGUCCACACUGUACACUGGAAACUCUCAGCCUGUCUGGCUGCCUGGUCACACAGGAAGGCUGUGCUUCUCUGGCCUCAGCUCUGAGCUCCAACCCCUUCCAUCUGAGCGAGCUGGACCUGAGCUACAAUCACCCAGGAGACUCCGGAGCUGCGCUGCUCUCUGCUGUAGUGGAGGAUCCACGCUGGAGACUGGACACUCUCAGUUUGGAGCACUGUGGAGUGUGGAGGCUGAAACCAGCUCUAAAGAAGUAUGACUUUGAACUCACAUUGGACCCAAAGACAGCCUACAGACGACUCUCUCUGUCUGAGGACAACAGAAAGGUGACGCGGGUAAGAGAGGACCAGUCGUAUCCGGAUCACCCAGAGAGAUUUGACUACUGGUACCAGGUGUUGUGUAGAGAGGGUCUGACUGGCCGCUGUUACUGGGAGGUAGAGUGGAAAGGAUUUGUUGUUAUGGGAGUGACAUACAGAGGAAUCACAAGGAGAGGAGGGGGUGUAGACAGCGAGCUUGGAAAGAACAACAAGUCCUGGCGUCUUCUUUGUUGUUUUGGUUGUUACAUUGCCGUGCACAACGGUAGAGGAACAGCCAUACGUCUCCCCCCCGCUGGCUCCACCAGAGUAGGAGUGUAUCUGGACCGGCCUGCUGGCUCUCUGUCCUUCUACAGAGUGUCCCCAGGUGGAGGAGGGUCCUCAGACACACUGACACACAUCCACACCUUCAAGGCCUCCUUCACCCAGGAGAACCUCCUCCCUGCGUUUGGGUUAUGGGGAGAUGAGGGUGACUCAGCGUCUCAAGUUACACUGUGUAAGUUAUAGUCUCUCUCUCUCUCUCUCUCUCUCUCUCUCUCUCUCUCUCUCUUUCUCUCUCUCUCUCUCUCUCUCUCUCUCUCCGAGUCUGAGGACAUACAUGAAUACACACAUGCAUAUAUUAACGCACACACACACAUAUAUUAACACAAACACGUGUGCAUAUAUUACACACACAUGCAUAUAUAAACACAUACACACAUGUACAGACACACACACAUAUUAAGACACGCAAAUACACACACACAUAUAAACACAUGCUCGCACGCACACACACACACACAUAAACACACAUGCGUGCGCACACACAAAACGCUUAUAUAAACACACAUGACACGUGUAUAUGAACACACACACACAUAUAUGAACACAUACACGUAUAUAUGAACACACUCACCCGCGCACGCUCACACACACACAAAUACACAAAUUAUGUAAACACACACACACACAUGCAUAUGUAAAGGCACGCACACACACACACACACACACACACACACAUAUAUAAACACUCAAAUAUACACAAACAUGCGCACAUACACAUGCAGUUAUGAACACACACACACACAUGCAGAUAUAAACACACACACAUACACGCAGAUGUGAACACACACGCGCACGCAUGCAUUUGCAAUGAACACACACACACCAACACAGACUACACACACAUCUAUAUAUAAACACACACACACACUCUGUGUUUCGUAAUUAAAGUCCAUGUACUCAUGUACGUUUUCUUGGGCUUCUGAAAGUUGAUUAAUUAUUGAUUGAUGGUAAAUCUACACAUGUAUAUGCUACAAUACUGUGUAUGUUUUCAGACGUUAAUAGUUUCAUACGGCACGGCUCUGAUAUCAGUUUAUAUUUUGAGCCUUUUUAAGCCUAACAUAAAGCAGAUUUAAUAUUAUAUUCAUAAUGCAAGCGGUCUGGGAAAGGCUGUUGAUCAUGUCGUGAUGACUUUAAACUGAGCAUUGAUUUCUUGUGUUCUGGUGGGAACAACACAGCAGCAGAAUGUUUAUGAUUAGUAAUGCAUAACUGUUUAUGAUUAGUUAUGUCUGCUGCUUUUAUUGUUUAAGUCCUUGUAUUUAUUGUGUUCAUGUAAUUGACUGUUCUUCUAUUGUUUGAGUCCUUGUGUUUAUUGUGUACAUGUUAGGGACUGUUUUUCUGUUUGGUUAAUAAAGCAUAAUGGUGAUAAUCAA